AUGACUACCACUGAAUGUUUGAUCAGUCUAUCCUCGAGUGAAGACACUUCUAAUGAUAAAGUUUUUACCAUCGAAGACAAAUUAGCUGCGAUUGAUUGGCACCGAAAUAAUGGCGAAAAUGUAUCACAAACUGCAAKAAAGAUCACGAAUUCGAGACAAAACAUAAUCAGAUGGCUUCGUAAAGAAAUAGAGUUUCGUGAACUUGUAAACAACAAAGAAGUCAGUGUACGUCUUCGCAGACGAAAACUUAAGACAAGAAUCACGAAAUUUCCCGAAAUGGAAAACAAACUCAUGAAUUGGUUCRCAGAUCAAAGACAUAACAAACUUGCGGUGACUUCAGAGUUACUCAAAUUUAAAGCGAUUGAGUUUUAUGAUAACCAAUUGAAUCAAAAGUUUUGCGCAUCAAAUGGAUGGUUAACUCGAUUUUUAGGACGCAAUAGACUAAUAUCACGCGCUAUGACAAGUGUUGGCCAAAAAAUACCGUCAAAUGCUAAAGAUAUAUCAUUGUUUUUUCUCAAAUACUGA